AGUCAGCCACAGUGGGCGGGUCAUAACACCUAUAAAACCUAGCGGUAAAACAUGGAAAUAAUUCCAUACAUUUUUCACGUUGGGAAUUUUACAAACACUUUAAAGUAAGUGUGUUUGGUGUAGGUUUUGACAACCGUUUAAUUCUCUCUCAGAUAAGAACAAAUUUCCGGCAUCACGUUUUACCUCCCCUCUCAAGAUGACGACUCCUCAGUAUGACCUGUCAAACACGCUCCCUCCCCACACACUGACCCGACUGGCACGGGAGUGGCUGGCAGAGGACACACCAAACUUUGACCCUGCAGGGCUGUGUGUGGGGUCACAUGAGGUCGAGGCCAGGUUGUUGUGUAAAACGCCGUGCAGCAUGCUGGCAGGCAGGCCUUUCUUCACUGCUGUCUUCACUGAGCUCAGCUGCACUGUUGAAUGGGCGCACAAAGAGGGAGCACAGCUCGGUCCAAAUGCGGUGACCCAGACUGCUGUGGUCAGAGGCCCAGCAAGGUGUAUCCUCCUCGGGGAGAGACCGGCCCUCAACUGCCUGGCCCGGGCCUCUGGGAUAGCCACCCGCUGCUCCCAGCUACAGAGCAUCGCCAGGGAGGCAGGCUGGCAUGGCCAUGUGGCUGGCACGCGUAAAACCACCCCUGGGUUCCGGCUGGUGGAGAAGUAUGCCAUGCUGGUGGGCGGCGUGUCCAUACACAGACAGGACCUGAGUGGGAUGGUGAUGCUGAAAGACAAUCAUAUAUGGGCAUCAGGGAGUAUCACACAGGCGGUGAGGGACGCCCGCUCGGUGUGUGGCUUCAGCAGUAAGAUUGAGGUGGAGUGCGGCAGCCGGGAGGAGGGCAGUGAGGCGGCCACGGCAGGCGCCGACAUCGUCAUGCUGGACAACUUUAAGCCACAGGAACUCCAUGCGGCAGCCAAGCUUCUGAAGGAGGAGUUCCCUUCUGUGCUAAUCGAGGCCAGUGGAGGGGUGACCCCAGACUCCCUGCCCCAGUAUCUCUCCCCCCAUGUGGACAUCAUCUCUCUGGGCUGCAUCACCCAGGGCUGCCCAGUGGUAGACUUCUCCCUCAAGGUUCAAAAGCCUGUUCCCUUUCCAAUUAUUUUCCAAUCAAAGUAACUGUGGCAAUUCAGGAUUUUUGUUAAUAAAGUGAAAAUAAAAAGCAA